UGGGGGCCGAGAGAGGAGGUGACUCUCCGGCAAGCAUUUCCACCGAGCGAAAGGAUCAUGGCGGAUGGCCCCAGGUGUAAGCGCAGAAAGCAGGCGAAUCCGCGGAGGACUAGCGUGAGUAACUACAGUGCGGUGGUGGAAGGCAGCUCAGACUCUGACGAUGAGGAUAAGCUUCACAUCGCCGAGGAGGAGGGCAGCCUCCCCGACGCCGACAGCGUCGCCCCCGACGACGACCCCAACGGCAACGCAGACCCCGACGACCGGUGGGACGAAGGCUUGAAGGAGGAGUGUGUGUCGGAGGGGGAUGAUGAGCGCAGUCGAGACGCGGACGCCCUGGUGGAGGAGAUGCUACAGGCCGGAGACACACACGUCAUUUACCCAGAGGCCCCCGAGGACGCACAGGAGAACGGUACUCCAGAUGCCUUCUCUCAGCUGCUGACGUGUCCGUACUGCUCUCGGGGCUACAAGCGCUACGCGUCGCUGAAGGAGCACGUGAAGCUGCGGCACGAGAAGAGCGAAGACAACUACAGCUGCUCCCUCUGUUCCUACACCUUCAGCCAGCGCGCACAGCUGGACAGGCACAUGAGCGCGCACAAGAACGGACGAGACCAGCGUCACGUGGCCCAGUCGGGGGGCAAUAGGAAGUUCAAGUGUACUGAAUGUGGCAAAGCCUUCAAGUACAAGCACCACCUCAAGGAGCACUUACGCAUACACAGCGGAGAAAAGCCAUAUGAGUGCUCCAACUGCAAGAAGCGCUUCUCCCACUCGGGCUCCUACAGCUCCCACAUCAGCAGUAAGAAGUGCAUCGGCAUGCUCUCCUUCAACGCCAAUCGCUCCUCCCGACCCCCCGCCUCCGCCCAGACCCCCUCCAACACCCCCGCGGCCCCCCAGUCUCGAGAGAAGUCCCAGACCAACGCCAAGCUCCAGCCGGAGACCCCCAGCCUCCCCGUGGCUCACAUCAAGGCCGAGCCCAUGGAGAGUGAGCUGAAGCCGGGCGUGGUGCCCGCCAACGGCCCCUCCACCCUGAUCCAGACCUCCACCACUACCAACAACAACAACGCCACUAACCACGCCAAUGCCACCGCGACCGCUACCACUGUGCCCACCGCCACUGCCCCCCUGCAGCUGCUGCUACCCACCGUGGGGCUGGUGUCGCCCGUCAGCAUCAGCCUGGCACAGCUGCAGAGCCUGCUGAAGGCCGAGCCUGCUGUGGUGGGGGGAGGGGGGAACCACCUGACCCUCAACACCACUAACAGUAUUAACGCGCAGGCCGCCACCACGGGCCCCCUCAUCCAGACCAUCAGCCUGCCUCUCCUGGACCAGGACGGCCACGCCAAAAUCCUCAUCAACUACAGCCUGGACCCCAGCCAGACACACGCGCACGCCAUGCAGACGCAGACGCACGCCAUCCUGCAGCUGAAGAAAGAGACGCUCGUGCCCGUGGCGAUGAAGACGGAGAAAGAGAGGGAGGCCGAGGACCUGACGCUGAAGAAGAGGAGGAGGAAGGACGAAGAGGUGGUGGAGGAGGAGAUGGAGGUGCCGGAGGAGAAGAGGGAGAAGAAGGAUUCGGCGGGGAUGAAGGACGUGGACGUUUCUCCCUCCACGCUCGGCUCCGAAGGGGAGGUGCUGAACGGCCACGAACCCACCGUGGCGGCCACCCCCGUUUCCAAGGCCACGACCCCCGUAUCCAUGGCGACGACCCCGGGUUCGGGGGUGGAAGGUCAGAAGAAGGAGAGUCUCCAGUCGGUGCUGAAGGCCUACUACGCCCUCAACGCCAAGCCGGAGGAGGAGGAGGUGGCGCGCAUCGCCACGGCCGUCAGCCUGUCCCCCGGCACCGUCACCCGCUGGUUCCACAAGAUGGCGGCCAAGCGGGCGCGCAAAACGCCCGCCGCCACCAUCGCUAAGGACGAUGUGACGAGCGCGGACAACGGCGUCGACAAAGAGCCAUCGGGUGACGACAACGAAGGUGACGACAACGAAGGUGACAAAGACGGUGAAAAAGAUGGCGAUGUCUCGGGCGCUUCUGAUGUGGAGAUCUCGCCUCAGAACACGCCGUUGCCCACGCCGACGUGCUCGCGCUCCCCCUCGCCCUCCCCCACCACCACACAUAACCCAGCGCCUGCCUCUGCCUCCGCCACCACAAACGACCAAUCACAGCCCUCCGUGCCACAGAGCCAGAGCCCGGGCCCGCUCAACCUCUCGGCCGACGGACCAAUCCCGUGCCGGGGCGGGCUGGCGGAAGGGGAGGGGCCUCUGGACCUCUCAAUGCCAAAGGGCGUCGCCACGACAACCUCCACCAACAGAGUGCCGGCCCCUGCCAUGCAGGACGAGCCCCUCAACCUGACCUGUGCCAAGAAAGACGCCCCCUCGCCGCCCGCCAACGCCCUCGCCCUCGCCAACGGCAGUGCCAACCCUCUCGCCAUACACGCUCCUCCCAACGCCACUGCGGUCGCCGCCAGCAACCCCAUCAGCAUCAUGGCCACUCAGCUGCCCACGCUGCUUGCCAUCUCCGACCAGGGCGGGAACAAGACUAUCCUGAUCCCGCAGCUGGCGUACACCUACGCCACCACCACCACGACCACCCCCGCAACGCCCACUACCGUGCCCGCUGCAGCCGAGACGCCCGCGCCAGCUAGCGACAAGGAGCAGGUGCUGCACGUCAACGGGAUCAAGGAAGAGAAGUCGGAGGGUGUUGGGGAGAGCGUGUCGGAGGAGCAGAAUGACUCGGACUCGGGCGUCCCCAAGAAGAAGAUGCGGAGGACGGAGGGGGGCCAGUACGCAUGCGACCUGUGUGACAAAAUAUUCCAGAAGAGCAGCUCACUACUCCGACACAAAUACGAACACACAGGUAAGCGUCCUCACGAGUGUGGCAUCUGCAACAAGGCGUUUAAGCAUAAGCACCACCUGAUCGAGCACACGCGUCUCCACUCGGGCGAGAAGCCGUACCAGUGUGACAAGUGCGGCAAGCGCUUCUCCCACUCGGGCUCCUACUCCCAGCACAUGAACCACCGCUACUCCUACUGCCGCAAGGACUCCUCCGCCGCACGCAACCCGGGAACGGGAGCCGGCGCUGGGGACAAGGGAGGCGGCGGGGGUGGGUCUGCUGGAGGGUCCAGGAAGGGAGGUGGUGGCGGGGGCCUCCCAGGGAGCGGGGCCACGUCUCCCCUGCAGGGCGAUUCGGACGAGAGGGAGAGCGAAGAGGGGGAGGAGACGGGGGCGUCGGGGAGCAUGGUGGACGAAGACGAGAUACAGGUGGUCAGAGUUGGGGAUGAUGGCGAGUACGAUGAUGAGGAGGAGGAGGAGGAUGAGGAGGAAGGAGAGGAGGAGGAAGGAGAGGAGGUGGAGAGAGGAGAGGGGAUGGAGGUCGGGGAGCACGGAGGAGGAGGAGGAGGAGGAGAGGGGGACGAGGAGAAUGGAGAGAUGGGGGAGGAGGAAGAGCUGGCAGAUGGAGAGAUGAUGACUGUGGUGGUGAUGGAGGAGGAGAGGGAGCAGGAGGAAGGAGAGGAGGAGGAGGAGGAGCAGAGGGAAGAGGUGAACAGAGAGAUGGAGAGAGAGAUGGAGGGAGAAGAGCAGAACGAGGAGGAGAUAGAGAUGGAGGGAGAGGUGAACGGGACGGAAGAGAGGGAGGAAGUAAGAGCUGAGGAACCUGUGCAAGAAGAAAGCGAAGAACAGAAUGAAGUGAGAGGAGAGGAAGAGAGUGAAAAGGGAGGAGAGGAAACGAGUGAAGAGAGAGGAGAGGAAAAUACAGAAGAAGGAACAGCAAUGGAGACCGUAGAGGCGGGAGAGACAGAUCAGAAAGAAGAGGCGGAAGAAGAGAAGAAAGAAACGAAAGAAAAUGUGGAAAAGGCUGAUGAGGCGAUGGAGACAGAGGGAAAGGUGGAAGAGAAGAAGGAGGGAAAGGGGGAUGAGGUGACAGAGGAGGAGAAAGGAGAGACUGAAGGAGUGAACGCAGAGAGUCAGGAAGAACAAAGAGAGACAGAGAAGGAAGUGGAGAAAGAGGGAGAGGAAGCAAACAAAGAGAAAGAACAGGAGACAGAACAGACAACAGUAGAGGGAGAGAAGGAGGAGGGAAGGGAAGAAGAGAAGGAUGCAGAGAGUCAACAGGAGAAAGGAGAGGAAGACAAGAAAGAGGAGAAAGAGGAGGAGGAGAAGCCUACGGGGUGAUGAAACGUGUGCACAUCCCCCUCUCCUUGCCUACUUACCUGAGGAGGACGAAUACUGCAGACUACACUCGUCCUCUCUCAUACGGAUGGACAGAUGAUCAAAGAGGAGAAAAGCAAAGAGGAGGAGAAAAAAAACAGAAUCAAGAGACAAAAAGAGCGAAAGCCAGCGAGAGAGAGAAGCUGAGAACCCGUGUGUGUGUGUGUGUGAGUGUAUGUCAGAGUGUGUGUGUGGAUGUGUGUGUGUGUGCGUGCGCUUGGUCUCUCCAUGCUGCAUUUGAGUUCACUACUGUGUAUAUUUCCUAGUGUGCCUGAACAAAAGACUAAUCCUGACACCUUUUUACCACUUGAGACCUUCAGUGUUACAGAAGAGGAGAUGAAGACAACAAAAACAAACACACAAACAAAUGAAAAAAAAUAGCCAAUCCUGAACUAAAGAGACACCACUCCUUUUUAGAGAGCAAACACUUCUGUUUUUGGGGGGGUUUAUUUGUUUCUUACACAUGAAAACAAACAAAAAAGAAACUAGAAAUGGGUCUUCUUUUAUCAGUGUUACUUAACCCGUUUUUUGUUCUUUUUUGUUGUUUGUUUUGUUUCUUUUUCUCCGUCAUUUGUGUUACUGUUCAUUUGUUUGCGGCCGAGAUUCACUUCUCUCUUUUUUUCGUUGUUAUUGUUUUGAACAAUCUUACAGUGUUUUUAUUGCCAAUGAACAAAAAAAAUGAACGAACGAAAGACAGAAAAAAAGCUGAGAAACUCGAUCUCCGGGCAUCUGAAGGAAAAAAAAACAAUUAUGUACCUGUGCACUACCACUUACCUGUUUACCUGUGGACCACCGCUGUGACCCCUCCCCCUCAGUGUUAGGGCGACGCCCACUUUUUUACAUGUGGUCGACGCCCACUUUUACCUGCCUGCCUGCUUAUGACUGUGAGCCUUAAUUCAUCAAGAAAAAAAAACUAAGUUAACAAGUAGAUAAAACCUGAACUAAAAAGAACAAACCAACAAGCGGAAAAAACCCUGUGAGGCCCAUGAGAGUUGGUCGAGUGGCUUUUUGUGGACGCUUGGCUUUCUCAUGGUCCAAUGAACUCUCAGAGAUGCCGUGAUGUCACAAACGGGGGGAAGUGAUGUCAGGGAUGGACUUGUGAUCUGAAAAAAAGGACUUUCAUGUGUGUGUGUUUUUUUUUUUUAAGGAGGUGAGAUAAUCUGUGUUAACCUCCCUCUUCUAUACUUACGCACACACACACACACACACACACACACCCUUAUGCAAGAGAUGCAUGCGGGAAGUGCCAUUGACCAGGUUUCCAGGAGGCUGUUCUCCCGACAGCAUGUAGACAUUGGAGGAGGGAGGGGAGGGGGAGGGGAGGGGAGAUUCCCGUCAAUAGUUGCUGGUAUUGUUUGUAGCAAUUUUUAUUUGUAUUUUAUUUGGUUUUUAUCUAUGUUACGUUGUGUUGUCCGAAUUUUUAACCACUAAUACGUAGUUCCCCCUAGUCAGUCGCCCCAGCCAGAGAGAGAAAGAGAGGGAAUGAGAAAAAAAGAGAGAGAGAAACAGAGAAGACAGUGGGAGGAAUGAAAUGAUGUCCUCUGUUUCCUACUGAGAUUGGCGCCUGCCCUCCCCUCCCCUCCCCUGCCCUGCCCUGCCUUGCCUGUCUACCUGCCUAUUGGCCUACAGUAGCCAGCCAACAAACAAAGCGAUCGAGCUAUCGAGGUAUCGAGCGCUCGUGUUGUUGACGCUAACCGCAUGUUCCCUUUGCUCUUCAGGUGACUUAACGAAAUCACACAUACUAAGCAGCCCCCUCCCUACCUCCCUCCUCUCCUCUCAUCCCCUCUUCCGCUAUGCCUCGUCAACCCACCCCCUCUCUACCUUACCUGCUGAGCAGCUGAUGGCAUGCCGCAUGUGGCCCACAACUCAACCGGACUCGGGACGGACUCGGGCCAGAUCUGGUUGUAAGGCAGGCCGGCCAGCUGGUCACACCUGGCUGCUGCUGCACGGAGCAUCACUCAUUAGGCCUCGUUUACCCUUCAGUAUUAACUUAGUAUUCUCAUGUUUGCCUUUUAUGUUACUGCCUGUGGAAGGCCUCACUGUGUGUGUGCGUGUGUGCGACAGAGAGCGCGUUCUUGAGUUUUAAGUGCUUCAGUUUCAUUAUUGUAAUGUGGACUGAGACUGUAUGUACGAAUGUGUGUGUGUGUGUGUGUGCGCGUGCGUGCGUGCGUGCCAUGUAUUAUUUUCUGUGACAGCAGUAUUACCCCCUUACCCCCUCACCAUUCAGUAUACUUUUUUGUCUGAUUAGUUUUAGGAGAACUUUUAUAUUUAUGUGUCUAAUUUUUAUAUUUUCUUUUACCGUUAUUUAUUACACAGUGUAGUGUACAUGACUGUAGUUUGUAUUAAUACAAUAAUAUAUUUUAGUAUGAAGAAUAAUUUCAAAGCUAAAUGAGAAAACAAACAGAGCCUGAGAAAUAAAAUAAAAAAACCUCUGGUAUUUUGAAGUGUUUUAAAAGAAAAAAUACAAAACAUUACCUGAAGGAAAAGCCGUUUUCAGUGUUGUUUUAAAGACGAAUGAUGAUGAUGAUGAUAAUGAUGAUGAUGAACGUUUUUUUUUUUUCCUUAAAAAAAAAACAAGCCCCCCAACCAGCCAAUGUCGUCAUUUCAAUCGGACUCUUUCUCUGUCAGGUCACUCGUUCGCUUCAUCUCCCUCUUUCUAUCUCUCCUUUGUAAGCUACUGAUCCCUCGUUCUCAAGGGGACCCGACCCGCAUGAGUCCUGGUGCAGGAGUCCAAUCGACCCCCCCAUCCCCCACCCCCCUUAUGACAAAAAGUGCCCCUCCCCUGCCCUUGUUGAAAGCCAAAACCACAUUAACUCUGUUUUUUGUUUAUUUUUUUAACCUAUGAGUUUGUGCCAACUGUUACUGUGUGUUGUUACCACCUCCGUGCCCUGGGUGGCGCUGCCUGCAUCGGUUUUUAUACUGUAUGUCCCUCCUUUAAUCCUUAUUUUUAUAGACAUAGUCCUCCUCUCAUUUUUUUAUGACUCCCCAUCUCACAAUAAAAGGACGU